AUCCAGGAUUUUUUUGCUGGGGGGUCGAAUUUUUUUCGCGGGGGGGGCUGCAUUUGUUGCCUUUGGUGAAAGCGUUUAAUCUAUUUGUUUUGUUUUUAGGAGGCUUACAACCAUUAGACUUAGGCCGCUAACAAAUUCAUUAAUUUAAAAAAAAAUGACAAGGAGCGGCGGCCGGGAGGGGGUUGACUCCUAGCCUGGAUCCGCGCUUGGAGAGUCUAAAAUUAUGACGCAUUGUCCCCGCAUUUAUUGAGUUGGCAUGAUCUUGUGUGUGCAGACGAUGCGUUUGAGUUAAACGAGUUAUUCAUUUCAAUUUCUUGUCGUUUAUUUUGGAAAGUCUUCUUGUUCAACUUCAGCUGUAAAUAAAACGCAACUCUUUCACCCCGAAAAGGAAUGAGGAAAAGAGCAGAACGUCAGAUACGUGGAUAAUUUUGCUGUAUUACCUAUUGCUAAGAUCAAGGGUGUGUUUGUUAAUUGAAUGUUUGCAUGGAAAUAUUUACUUGUCAGUGACUCAGUUUUACCAUGGUUUUCUAGCAGCGAUGUUAGAGAGGGCGCCCCCAAUAAUCCCCACCCUGUGCACUUGUGACCUCGUACACGUACGUAGCGUACAGUAUGUAAUGGAUUUGGAAAGCUCACCACAGGUCUAAACAUGGUCUAAACAGCUUCUGACCUUCCUGUCAAAACAUGACAGAGCUAACGUUAGUGGUGAUAGGCCUAUUAGCAGAAUAAGGGUUUUUACCAAUUGGCAACUCCAUUUCACAGUACUUGAGGCCAAACUGCAGUAGGAUCCAGCAUGGGCAACGAGCAGUCUCAGCAGUACAACAGCCCUGGUGGUGUGACCCAGCAGGGCGUGCGUGUAGGUGCUCACAGCGGCAUCCCCAACGACACGGUGCCUUACGCCGGCGGUCAGCUGCAGUACUGCUUUGUCAAUGUGGAGGCAAAGCUUACAACUCAAGCUACAUUUUUCUCUGCCCCCGUCGUAACGACCAACGUGGACGCUUACUAUUCCAUCAUUUCCCAGCCCUAUGCUCAGGGCUUCGUCAUGAAUCAAUUCCAGUCCAUCCCUGGUGUCCAGAGACAAAAAGGUUUUAGCUUCAGUGUGGGUAUGCCAUUCCAAGCUAUCUUGUCCAGACCAGUCAAUGCGCCACCGCCCAAUGAGAGGUGGCAGCUACGAGUGGAGAAGAGCUUCUUACAAACCCAGCAGGUCCUUCAGUUCUUCACGACGCAGUCGUCGGUUGUGUCCAAUACUUCAGACAUCUACCAAAAGAUUAACCAAGUUGCAUCUCAAGGCGGUCGUUUGAUAUGCAUCGAAAUCACCGGUUUUGAGCAAGGUCCCAGCUUUGGUCAGUCAUUUUCAGGCUACCAAGGAAUCAAAGGUGUAGAUCUCUUCUUCAACAUGCCGUUGCACCCCAACCCCACGGUUUACAUCUACCAAGCCAUCAGCGUGCCCGUACAAUUCCAAGUUACGUCCUCGUUCCCCCAGCCGAGGAUACAGGUGCUCACUGACUUCAUGGGUCAGUUUGCUGCCUUCCUGCAGAAGGGCUGGAAGUUGGUUGAGAUCAACUUUGACUGCUCCAUGACGACACAGCCUGGUUUCUUUCAGGCACACUCAAGUCUCAACUCCAUCUGGUUCUUCGAGAAGGAAGCCUCUAAAGUGAACAGCGAGAUUCCAGAAUGGGAAGGGACCAUUAUUGAAUAUGAACACAAGAUCACCACCACGUUCAGUGGCACCCGAGCCAAGACCAACUGGGACCCACUGGUGAUUCAGAUGGGCCAGCGGGGCUGGGAGCUAGCCUGCCUGGUAGAAUCCCCUGAGACCUAUAAUACUAGCUUCAGCUCGUCAGCCAUGAAGGUUCUCAUGUUCUUCCAGCGUCGCAUCAUGCGGCCUGUGGGAGCUGGCGGUUUUGUCAUGCCGCCUCAGGCUGGGGUCCCUCCAGCUCAGGGAAGUUAUCCCCCAUCCCAGGGGGGCUAUCCCCCAUCCCAGGGGAGCUAUCCCCCAGCCCAGGGGAGUUAUGCCCCAGGCCCAGGCUUUCAUCCCCCUCCCCAGGGAAGUUAUCCACCACCACAUACUGGUGGAAACCAGCCUCCACCCCCCUAUCCGGCAUCAACUGCGCCUAGUGCAUAUCCAGCAAGUGCUCCCCCGCUCCAGGGGGGUUAUACCCCACCCAUGGGAGCUUAUCCAGCCCCACCCCAUGGAGGCUACCCAGGGAGUCCCCAACGGGAACAGAAACAGUAAGUGUCCCUUUGAUUGGAAGUACAAACUUUGAUCCAUGCAUGCUGUGGAUGUUAAGUGUCUCCACAAAGGGAAUGAACAAAAUUCUCGGAGUUUCUUGUCAUUGCAAAAGCACAAAAUAGCCUUGCAAUGGUAGAUUACAUUGUCGGUGACAGUUGAUUGUAAAUCUUUGAAGAGUUUGGAAAUGCCUAGCAAAGAGGUCUGUGGUGAAAGUUGUUAUUAGGAUUUUGAAAGCAAGUACGCUUACUGACUGUCAUCACGGGUGUACCUCACCCCAUCAUGACAUGAGUUUUACGAAUCGCCCACUUCAUAUUGCUGUAAAGUGGCUGUGGAAAGCUCCCAGAAUUUUCCCAUUGUGAUAAUGUAUCUUGCUGAGGGACACAGUGUGCUUUAUUUUCCAGGCUUUAUUUUCCUCUCAAAAUAUGACCACAGCUUUAAAACUUACAAUCCAUCGAAAUGUGACCCACCAUCCCCAAACCAGGCUGAAGUCGGUAUUUGUGAUGUUGGACAA